AUGUGGCUGCCGCUGCUCUUGACCCUGCUGCUGGCGCCGGCGCCCGGGUUCUCGGCUCCCAAGGUGAGGCAGCAGAGUGACACCUGGGGUCCCUGGGGCCAGUGGAGCCCCUGCAGCCGGACCUGCGGAGGGGGCAUCAGCUUCCAGGAGCGCCCCUGCUACUCCCAGAGGAGCGAUGGAGGCUCCAGCUGCGUGGGCCCCGCCCGGAGACACCGCUCCUGCCGCACGGAGAGCUGCCCCUACGGCGCCCGCGACUUCCGGGCCGAGCAGUGCGCGGAGUUCGACGGCACCGAGUUCCAGGGUAGGCGGUACCGGUGGCUGCCCUACUACGGCGCCCCCAACAAAUGUGAGCUGAACUGCAUUCCCAAGGGGGAGAACUUCUACUACAAGCACAGGGAGGCCGUGGUAGAUGGGACGCCCUGUGAGCCUGGCAAAUGGGAUGUCUGUGUGGAUGGCCGCUGCCGGGUUGUUGGCUGUGACCACCAGCUAGACUCAUCAAAGCAGGAGGACAAGUGUCUGCAGUGUGGUGGUGAUGGCACAACCUGCUACCCUGUCACAGGCACCUUUGAAGCUAAUGACCUCCGCAGAGCGGUGAAGAACAUCCGCGGGGAAUACUACCUCAACGGGCACUGGACCAUCGAGGCAGCCCGGGCCCUGCCUGUGGCCAGCACCGUCCUGCAGUACGAGCGGGGUGCUGAGGGGGACCUGGCCCCUGAACAGCUCCUGGCCCGGGGCCCCAUCUCAGAGCCCCUUGUCAUCGAGCUCCUCAGCCAGGAGCCCAACCCUGGUGUGCACUACGAGUACCACCUGCCCCUGGGUGCCCCCGGCCUCAGCUUCAGCUGGAGCCACGGCUCAUGGAGCGACUGCAGCACGGAGUGUGGUGGAGGUCACCAGUCCCGCCUGGUGUUCUGCACCAUUGACGAUGAGGCCUACCCCGACCACAUGUGCCAGCACCAGCCACGGCCGACCGACCAUCGCUCCUGCAACCCUCACCCGUGCCCGCACACCAAGCGCUGGAAGAUAGGGCCAUGGGCGCCCUGCUCAGCCUCCUGUGGAGGUGGCUCCCAGUCCCGCUCUGUCUACUGCAUCUCGUCCGAUGGGGCUGGUGUUGAGGAGGCGGCUGAGGAGGCCGAGUGUGCUGGCCUUCCUGGGAAGCCCCCAACCACGCAGGCUUGCAACCUGCAGCGCUGUGCAGCCUGGAGUACAGAGCCCUGGGGAGAGUGUUCUGUCAGCUGUGGCGCUGGCAGCCGGAGGAGGAGCGUCACUUGCCGGGGUGCUGAGGGGUCUCUGCUUGAUGCCAUGGCAUGCUCCUCGGAGGACCAGCCACCCCUCACUGAGCCCUGUGUGCAUGAGGACUGUCCCCCCAUCAGUGACCAGGCCUGGCGUGUCGGCACCUGGGGUCUAUGCUCCAAGAGCUGCAGCUCAGGCACCCGGAGGCGACAGGUGGUCUGUGCCAUUGGGCCACCCAGCCACUGCAGCAGCCUGCAGCAGUCAAAGCCCUCAGACGUGGAGCCCUGUAACACGCAGCCCUGCCACCUUCCUCAGGAGGUCCCCAGCAUGCAGGAUGCACACGCCCGCCCCAGAGACCCCUGGAUGCCUGUGGGCCCUCAGGAGUCCCCUGCCUCAGACUCCAGAGGCCAAUGGUGGGCAGCCCAGAAGCAACCCUCAGCCCUGGAUAACCCCAGAGAAGAACAGGUCCCCCACCUGUCAGCCCAGGGCCCAGCUCCCUCUCUGCAGCAGUUCCCACACUGGCAGCCCCUGAGGUCUAGCCCAGGGUCCCUUGACUGCAGACACAGCCCCCAUGGGUGCUGCCCCGAUGGCUACACUGCAUCUCUCGGGCCACAGUGGCAAGGCUGUCCCAGCACCUCGUGUCUGCAGAGCAGGUACGGGUGCUGCCCUGAUGGCAUGUCUGUGGCUGAGGGACCCUAUCAUGCUGGCUGCACAAGUUCUUACAGUGCUGACAACAGUAGGAGCAGACCAGGGUUGAGAGCAGUAGCUUCCGUGGCCCCCAAGGCCCACCAGCCCCAGGCCCAGCAGAAUGAGCCCAGAGAGUGCAGGGGCUCCCAGUUUGGCUGUUGCUAUGACAAUGUGGCCUCUGCAGCUGGCCCCCUUGGGGAAGGCUGUGUGGGCCAGCCCAGCUACGCCUACCCCGUACGGUGCCUGCUGCCCAGUGCUCAUGGCUCCUGUGCAGACUGGGCUGUCCGCUGGUACUUCAUCGCCUCCGUGGGCCAGUGUAACCGUUUCUGGUAUGGCGGCUGUCACGGCAAUGCCAAUAACUUUGCCUCAGAGCAGGAGUGCAUGAGCAGCUGCCGGGGGCCCCAACACGGGACCCGCCAUGCCGAGCCUGGGGCCUCUGGCCAGAGCACCCCCACAGAUGGAGAAGGACAGCAGGAGCCCCGCUGGCAAAGGACAGGGACCACAGUACAGAGAAAGCCCCUGCCUUCUGGUGGCCUCAGGCGGCAAGACCAAGAGCUUGGGCCGGGGGAGACCCCUCUUGCCCAGGCCUUUGGAGAACGGCCUAGGGGCCAGGAGCUUGGGCCCAGGACCCCUGGGCUAGACGGAAAUGCUGGACGGCCAUUGCCACCCUACCGCAGAUCGUCCUACAGGAUUAGCUUGGCAGGCUUGGAGCCCUCCCUGGUGCAGGCAGCCCUGGGGCAGUUGGUGCAACUCUUCUGCCCAGAUGGCACCUCCCCGGAACCCCAGGCUGGGUGGCAGAAAGAUGGCCAGCCCAUCUCCUCUGACAGGCACAAGUUGCAGUCUGAUGGCUCCCUGGUCAUCAGCCCUCUGCGGGCAGAGGAUGCUGGCACCUACAGUUGUGGCAGCACAAGGCCAGGUCGUGGCUCCCAGAUCCAGCUUCGCAUCACAGGGGGUGACAUGGCCAUGCUGUCUGAGGCUGAGCUGAGGCACUUCCCUCAGACCAGGGACCCAGUCCAGCGCCACAGUUCUCAGGACUCUGGCCUAGGGGGUAAUGCAGGGGGCCUGGGGACCGUCUCCUCCUCACACCAAGGGACCGCAACCAGGCUGCGUCUGGACCGUAACCAGCCCAGGGUGGUGGAUGCCAGUCCAGGCCAGCGGAUCCGGCUGACCUGCCGUGCUGAAGGCUUCCCGCCCCCAGCCAUUGAGUGGCAGAGAGAUGGGCAGCUCAUCUCUUCUCCCAGACACCAGCUACAGCCUGACGGUUCUCUGGUCAUCAGUCCAGUGGCCAUGGAAGAUGGUGGCUUCUACACCUGUGUCGCUUUCAAUGGGCAGGACCGAGACCAGCGAUGGGUCCAGCUCAGAGUUCUGAGUGAGCUGACGAUCACAGGGCUGACCCCUACUGUGACAGUGCCAGAGGGUGACACAGCCAGGCUGCUGUGUAUGGUGGCAGGAGAAAGUGUGAACAUCAGAUGGUCCAGGAAUGGGCUGCCAGUGCAGGCCGAUGGCCACCGUGUCCACCAGUCCCCAGAUGGCACACUGCUGAUCCACAACUUGCGAGCCAGGGACGAGGGCUCCUACACGUGCAGUGCCUACCAUGGAAGCCAGUCAGCCAGCCGCAGCACUGAGGUGAAGGUAGUCCCACCAGCACCUGCCGCCCAGCCUAGGGACCCCAGCAGAGAGUGCAUCGACCAGCCGGAGCUGGCCAAUUGUGACUUGAUCCUGCAGGCCCAGCUCUGUGGCAAUGAGUAUUAUUCUAGCUUCUGCUGUGCUAGCUGUUCCCGCUUCCAGCCUCACGCUCAUCCUGUCUGGCAGCAAGGAUGAAGGAUAGCUCCAGCCCCAGUUCCAAAGGUUAUUAGGGCUGGGGAGAAGGGAAGAUGGAUUCUCAGCCUCCUCUCUCUGGCUGGCAAAAGGAGUCAUCUUCUGGAGACACUAGCCCUUUCGAAAACCCAACCAGUGUUUAGCCUCAGCAGCAGCCAGUACCAGCCUCCCUCUGCAGUCCUUAGUGUGCGCAUCUCUGACAUAACCAUAGGCUGCUGCUGAAUUGGCAAGAGGAGGAAUCUGUUUGAAUAAGGAGAACCUUUACUUUACAACUUCUCUUUGUAAUUUCUGUUUCAGGAUCAGUUCACUGCGUUUUAAAGCUGUCAGGGCUCUCACUUUAUUUAAAGCUGGUUGGGAAGGUGUAUAAUGAUUUCAAAGUUUACACCUAUCUUAUAAGGGGAAUGCCAACUCCUGCUGUGUCAGGGAAGUAUUCUGUGUUAGUGCUGUCUCAUCAGGGGUUAAACAGUGUUCCAUUUCUCUAGCCUCUCAUCCUUCUAGGUAGUACAGCAGUCAGCUUCAAAUCCUGUCUGUUUUCCAGGAUUAACACAUAAUGCUUGUGAAAGCUCUCGACAAAGUGGAAUAUAAUCUAAGGCCUCAGUAUAGGGAUUUGGGAUGAAAGAGCUGCAGUUAGCACUGUUAUUUGAGCAUGAAAGAACUGGAAAAGCUCCUUACUUCAUUGGGAAGCUGGACCCUGAAGCCCUCCUGAGGCAGACACGCAACACUGGCUGUGAAGGUUCGUCUGACACCUGUGUAAGGUUGACCAGCCUGCUCUGUACAGCAACAACAAGGAUCCUCUCUUCCUUAAGUGGGAAUCUGUGAAGCAAAAUGUUUGCUACCAGAGAAAAAUCAGACUAUUAAUAACAGCAUUAGCAAGAUGGGAGAUACCAAUAGGGGGUGGGGGUGAGGGCAGUAUAAAUAACAGGGAAUGGUUUGCAUCGGAAGAAGUCAUUCAUCUUUCAGAACCUCUAAUUCCUGAUGCUACUGGAUUCCUUGAAGUGGCUGGAUUCAAUGAGCUUCCAAGUCCCUUUCCACUUUAACCUUCUACAAAUGCUCCAGAGGACUGCCCAAUAACAAAGGUUAUCUUGGACACAGGAAAGGCAUUACAGGGACUAAAUCUCUGAAAGGUGACUUAUUACCAACACACUGGCUGGAAAAGCAACAAACUGCAUCACCAGUGAGUGUACAGGUCGGACUACCUCUCAUUCAACAAAGGAAAUAUGGGCCAGGGACAGAGGUCUUUUUUUUUUUUUCCACUUAUAAAAUACUGAGGAACACCUCUUUUCAUUUACCAUGCUGGUUUUGCUAUAGAAAUUGGAAAAAAAGGGCCACUUUCUUGGACUCCCCAAUUUAAUUAAACAGGAAUUUGGCCUAUUGGCAUAGACACUUGAGAAGGUAAGUUUCAGGUUGGCUUGUCCUUUGCAGCUAACCAUUCUUGGAAUCAGUCACAGAACAGUAGGCUAAGGUUAUAGGUGAGAAUAAAAUUCACUCCAGACCAGUGGUUCUCAACCCUCUUCCUUAUUGGGAGUUAAAAACAAAAACAAAAACAAAAAAUAGGCUGAACCUGGGGUCCCCAUCUCCCCUCCAAAAUUUAGAUUUAAUCAGUUUAGAGUAUAGGCAGGGCAUUAGGAUUUUAAAAGCUCCCAGGUGAUUCUAAUAUGUAGCCAAGGUUGAGAAGCACUCACUGGUCCAGCCUUGGGGUGGGGCUGAGAUUCUGCAUUUCUAAUCAGUUCCUAGGUGAAGUCCACACUGCUGUUCUAGACUACACUUUGAGCAGCAAGAUCUGAUUUUAGAGAUGCACUCAGGAUCAAUCAAUGCCUAAAGUAUGAAUGAAAAUAUGCAUUUCAAGGAUGUACUAGUCCCAAUAAAACAUUUCCUAACUACUAAACUAAGGAUCUACAGCAGCAGUAGAAUGGAAAGAAAAUAAGGCCAAAAAGAACUAAAAGUAAACUUACUUUGCUAAUAAAGAAAAGGGAAAGAACAGCCCUUCAUGGUCAAAAGGUUCUACCACGAACAUUUAUUUCUGUUAAAGCAGAUUAUAAAUUGUCAUCAGUACAAAUAUAUAUAACUUACAUUUGAUUGUAAGGCCAACGUUCAAAAGUAAAAAUGAGAUGGGAUCUCAUGUUGUUACCCGAGGUUAAGUGGCUGCUGCUAGCGAUGGGAUGUUCUGCUCACCAAAAGGGGAGAUUCCGGGGGGGGGGCACACAAAGCUAAUUAAAACCAGAAUUCCCAUCCCCACAAAACUUGUGGGAACAAAAUUUAAAGGGCGAAACAAAACCUGCUAAGACCCACAUUAAAAACCAACACAGUAACCUGCAUUCCCUUCUGUGGAUAUGAUUAUGUCAUUGUCACUUUAGUGUUAAAGGAUUAACAUAAGGAAAUUGCAACAAUAUAUAAAAGAAUACAUAUUCUCUAUAAAGCAUAUUUAGAUUGAUUCCAUUAAAAUAAUGACAUUAGAAUUUCAUCAUAGGUUUAAAACCAGGACAAUACUGCUCUUUUUCUUUAUUUAAAACUAUAACCUAGUGACUGUAUUGGUCAUAAGCAUGAUUGUUGUUGCAAUGUGCUACUUACAAUGAAUGAUGGCAAACAAGCUAGGGAUCCCGUCUGCAACCUCCAACAUUUCCUCUUUCUACUUCAAUAGGCAUCAAUGAUAAAUCAAUCUUAUGUACAAUUUCUUACAACUAACCCUUUUACCUUUGGCAAGAUUACUUACAACUCAUACAACUUUUUAAUAUCGAACUAUUUAAAAUAUUGUAAAUGCAUAAAAAUAAAGAUUUUGGCUUUUUUGAUA